AUGGCGCGGAAGAAAGUGAGACCCCGGCUGAUCGCUGAGCUGGCCCGCCGCGUGCGCGCCUUGCGCGAGCAGCGGAACCAGCCGCGAGACUCGCAGCUCUACGCCCUAGACUACGAGACGCUGACCCGGCCGCACUCUGGUCGCCGGCUGCCCGUGCGCGCCUGGGCGGACGUGCGUCGCGAGAGCCGCCUCCUACAGCUGCUUGCCCGCCUCCCCUUGUUCGGCCUGGGCCGUCUGGUUACCCGCAAGUCUUGGCUGUGGCAGCACGACGAGCCAUGCUACUGGCGCCUCACGCGUGUGAGACCCGACUACACGGCGCAGAACUUGGACCACGGGAGGGCCUGGGGCGUCCUGACUUUCAAAGGGAAGAGUGAGGAUAAGGCUCGGGAAAUCGAGCAAGUCAUGUACCACGAUUGGCGGUUGGUACCCAAGCACGAGGAGGAGGCCUUCACUGCGUUCACCGAGAAACCAGAGGACAGAUUGAACGCUGUCCCCUACCCACCUCUGCUGCGGGCUAUGAUCCUCGCUGAACGACAGAAAAACGGGGAUACCAGCGUCCAGGAGCCACUCCUGAACCUGGAGAGGACUCGAAUGCGCCCCUGGGACUACCCUGCAAAACAGGAGACGAAAGGGAAGGCCAAGGGCACCCCAGUCUAAGUACCAGGACUGGCAGAGAGGUCCUGUGAACCAUCUGAUGGACAAGUGUCUUUGACUCUGUUAGAUUUCCACUUUGGUGGCGAGUUAUAUCUUACAGCCCUGACACAUCUGCCAAUGAAAAAUGGGGCAGAUGACAGGCUGCUGGUUGUCAUUUUCAGGCGGCCCCUCGCCGAUUCGUCGGUCUGGAAAUAAAAGCACGAAAAGGCC